UGACUUUAUUGUUUUAAGAUUCUGUAAAGUCGACGGUGGUGAUUAUUUCUUAAACUCAGUUCAUAAGUGGUGAUGGUGAUAGGGUAUAAUAGCCCAUCUGUUGAGUUUCGCAUGUCCCUGUCUCACUCGCUCCCUCGCUUCUUAGCUUCUGACUCAGAAUUUCCUUUCAUUCUCUUCGUUUAUCGUUUUCUCGCCGUAGAUCUCUGUGUUCUUUUUGUCUUUGUAUAUACCCUUUUCCGGUGGGAGUUCAGAUCGGUCGUUUUUAAGUCGUCGAUGCGUGGACUUUGACUGGACUCGGCUCGUGAUCCGAAACAGUGCGGGAGGAGGGUGGGUGGGUGUCUAAGAUGGGACAGUGCUACGGUAAGACCAAUCCAACGGCUGAGAACGACCCCAAUGGCGAAGACCCAUCAACCACGACCAUCACUACAACGGUGGGCUCCUCCCCGAAUAGGCCUCAGACCCCAGCCCGUUCCAGCGGCAGAGGAUGGAACGGACUCUUCACCGGUAAGGGCAGUACUCCAGGUCGGUCUUCGAACCCGAGUCCAUGGCCUAGUCCGUACCCACAUGGGGUUUCGGCGAGCCCUUUGCCGCCGGGGGUGUCGCCGUCGCCGGCAAGAUCAUCGACGCCGGGGAGGUUUUUUAAGAGGAGGUUUGCGCCACCGUCUCCGGCGAAGCAUAUUAAGGCCUCGUUGGCUAAAAGGUUUGGUCAUGGAAAGCCCAAACAAGGCACAAUUCCUGAGGAAGAAGGAGUUGAGCCGGAACAGUCUCUGGACAAGACCUUUGGCUAUAGCAAAAAUCUUGGGGCUAAGUAUGAGCUCGGAGUGGAGGUGGGCAGAGGGCAUUUUGGUCAUACAUGCUCGGCCAGGGGCAAGAAAGGCGAGCUCAAAGAUCAGCCUGUGGCGGUCAAAAUAAUUUCCAAAUCCAAGAUGACGACAGCAAUAGCCAUAGAAGAUGUUCGUAGAGAAGUGAAGAUAUUAAAAGCUUUAUCUGGGCAUAAGAAUCUUGUAAAAUUCUAUGACGCGUAUGAAGACACCAACAACGUGUAUAUAGUGAUGGAAUUGUGUGAAGGUGGAGAACUUCUUGACAGAAUUUUGUCAAGAGGUGGAAAGUAUGCAGAGGAAGACGCAAAAGUUAUAGUUGUUCAAAUUUUAAGUGUAGUUGCAUUCUGUCAUCUUCAAGGCGUGGUGCACCGUGACUUGAAGCCAGAGAAUUUCCUUUUUGCUUCUAAAAGUGAAGAUUCUGAUAUGAAGCUUAUUGAUUUUGGUCUUUCCGACUUCAUCAGACCAGAAGAGAGACUUAAUGAUAUUGUUGGAAGUGCAUACUAUGUUGCUCCUGAAGUUCUUCAUAGAUCAUAUAGUCUCGAAGCAGACAUAUGGAGUAUUGGUGUGAUCACCUACAUCCUCCUGUGUGGAAGCCGUCCAUUCUGGGCUCGGACUGAGUCAGGAAUUUUUCGGGCAGUACUGAGAGCUGAUCCUAGUUUUGACGAUUUACCCUGGCCAUCUGUGUCCCAAGAGGCCAAAGACUUCGUGAAGAGGCUUCUGCACAAGGAUUACAGAAAAAGGAUGACAGCCGUCCAAGCUCUAACUCACCCAUGGUUAAGGAGUGACACUCGCCCUAUCCCUUUGGAUGUAUUGAUCUACAAAUUAGUUAAAUCAUAUCUUCGUGCGUCACCCUUCAAACGUGCAGCGCUUAAGGCGCUUUCCAAAGCUUUGACAGAGGAUGAACUGGUAUAUCUUAGAGCACAAUACAAGCUUUUGGAUUCUGAUGAAGGGCAUAUCUCUCUUCAUAAUUUCGAAAUGGCUCUUUUGCAAAACUCAACUGAGGCAACAAGAGAGUCUAGGGUUCCUGAUAUAUUAAAUGAGAUGGAGCCACUUUCCUAUAGACAGAUGGACUUCGAAGAGUUUUGUGCAGCAGCAAUUAGCACGCAUCAAUUGGAAGCCGUCGAUAGGUGGGAGCAGAUAGCUUCGACGGCUUUUGAGCAUUUUGAACUGGAGGGAAACCGGGUUAUAUCAGUUGAAGAAUUGGCUAGGGAAUUGAGUCUUGGCCCUUCAGCUUAUACAAUCCUCAGAGAAUGGAUCAGAAGCGACGGAAAGCUUAGUUUGCUUGGGUACACUAAAUACUUGCAUGGUGUUCGCAGCUCAAACACAAGACACCAUUAGCAUUAAUUUAGCCUUGGACAUAUACAGAGUUCCUUAAAAAAUUAUUGGUUUACAAUGGGGGGGGGUCUCCAGUAUUUUUUGCUUCUUCUUUGGGAUUUGGGUAAAAAAAAAAAGUGAAAAGAAAAAAAGAAAGGAAAGCAUGCAUAUAAGUUAACAUUUUAGUGUAGCAAGAUAUGGCAUUGUAAGUCAAUUUUAGAUGAAAAAUAUCUCCUCUGCUGGAUACCGUGUUUUUCAAAUGAUAGCAUUGUACUUUGUACUACUAGUACUAGGUUUGAGCUCAAAUAGUAACAAAUGAUCAAUUUGUGAAAGGCAUAAAUAAUGUAGAUGUGUAGCUUUCUGUAUUCUUUUGUUGUUAAAUGAAAAUGUUUGACAAGAUUUCAAUCUA